AGCGAAAGUUUCCCCUUCGAAGACACUUGACAAUUGAUUGAGCAAGUGGAGAUAGUCGCUUCGAACAGAAAACUUCAACUUACGUUCCAGAUUGACUAAGCGAUGGACCAAGAACUACCGAAAGAGAUGGAGCCUCUACGGGCUGCGAUAUUGGCCCAUGACCAGCAGUUCCAAGAGCUGUUGCGUAUGAUCCCACCCAAAUACUAUAUCGCUCAACAACAGUUCUCAGUCACUUCCUUCCAGAACAACUCUCAGAAAGCCAGCAAGAAAAAUAAGAAAAAUUCCCACCAUGUCGAUCCCGAAGCCAAGCGACUCCAGAAACGUGCAAAGUAUGACCCCGAUACUCUACCUACGAUUCCACAACUCCAAGGAUUGAAUAAGAGUGGUUGCGAGAAAUUGGAAUCGAAAGAAAAAUCAUCGGAAUCCUCACAGGAGAGUGACGAAGAGAGCGACGGGCCCAAGGAUGCCGUCUCGCCAGCCCCUCAACUAUCUCGAGCCGAGCUACAAGCCAAGCUUCAGAAGCGGAUCGAAACCCUCCAAGGAUCCUCUCAGCGAGCCAACCCGUCAUCGGAAAAUCAGCAAUCUGCCGGCGUGACCGGUAAAGAGGCCCUUCUAGAUCUCGAAAGGAAGAAACGGGGAGAGAUGCGGGAUCGGAGACGGAAGGAGAGGAAGGAGGCUCGAUCGAAAGAGAAACAAAACAAACUGGAACAAAGCUUACUCAAGAAGAAAAAGUUAUCUGGCUCCGCUUCUUCUAAGCCCUCGAACGCCCCAUCCGGUUCUGGCAAUCGACAGAAGGGAGACAAGACUGCCCAGGAUGAUCAACCUAAGAAAGACGUUUCCAAAAACGCAGCUCCGCCAUCGAAAUCAAGCCAUCCUAAUCCAUCCCCAUCGAAAGCUGAGAAACCUAGUGCAGGACCUGCACCUGCAGAGGGCUCAAAAUCGUCGACUAAGAACCAAGCACCUGCUCAGGAGCCAGAUCUAGCGUUCUCAUCCUUAUCGUUUGAUCUGAAACAAUCGACCGGAGUUGAAGGGGGGCAUUCGCACGGGCAGAAGAACCCAUCGUGGACGUCGAAGAAGCCACAGGAGGCGAAGACGGCGUUAGACAGACGAGAAGCCUAUCUCGAGAAGCUGACGCCGGAGGCCCGGGAGAGGGCCGAGGAGAGCAAGAAGUGGGAAAAGGCUAACUUGCAAGCCUCGGGCACUAAAGUCAUGGACGACCGCAAAAAGAUCGAAAAGGCGCUCAAGAAACAGACGAAGGAGAAGAAGAAGAAGAAACAUCAGUGGGACGAACGGAUCAAGGUCGUCGAGAAACUUAAGGAAGAUAAACAGAAGAAACGUACCCAAAACAUUCAGGCUCGAAAGGACCAGAUCCGCGAUAAGAAAAACGGCGUGAAAGCUAAAACCGGCGUGAAGGCUAAAGGAAAUCAUCCUUCGAAGAACAAAUCUAAACCUUCAAGUGGGAAGAAACAAGUCAAAGGCUUCUGAACUUGUUUCUCAACCCCGCCAUUUUUUCUCUGUUCUCUUAAACCUCUCCAUUUUUUUUUCUUCUUUUAUUGUGUUGAUGGCUAUAAUGUUGUUCCAUGCAGUUCCUCAUCCGACUCUUCCAUUGUUUGUUUUUACAAGAAAAAAAAUGAUUUCCCUCAUCAAUACAAUCAAUUUUUUUAUUU